CGUUUUUUCUCUCUCUUCCUGGCGCUCGCGUCUGUGGGCUUUCUGCGAGAUCCACACGGAUGGAGUAAAUAGCGGCUUUUGUUCUCCUCGCUGUCUUUUUUUUUUCCUGCUUGUGGUGAAUUUACUACUCGGUGUUUAUUGAUAGUGAUGGGAGGUGAAUGCUGUUUUAUUCCCACCCCUCCUCGGGGCAUGCAUCCGUUCGGCUGAAUAUCCGUGUGCCAUAUGCAGCUUUCCUAGCGGAUCACUAUUCGGUGCUUCUUUUUUUUUUUCUUCCUCUCUCUCUCUCUGCCUUGUUCCUUGUGCCAAAAUACCCAGCAGCCUCAAAAAGCCCACAGCACAACAGUCGGAGGAGUUUUAUUGUGAUGGACGCUGUCAUGUUAUUAUUUUACGCAGUAAUUCUGCGCUCUGACUCCACUUAAUGCAUGGCGCGCUCUGCUCUCGCCGCCAGCUUUCAGGCGGAGGAGCAGAUCCUGAGUGGGUGCAUCUCGUCGGCUCCCGUGGCUCCUUGAACUUUUCCAUUUUCUUUGUAUCGCCAGUCUCACGUGUCUGUGCGUUUUAUUGGGACGCCGUUUUAGAUCUGCCGGGACAGGGCAGUGCGUGGUUGUCGAGUGGAAGGUAAUGAUCUCCCAGCCCGUUAUCUGCGGCUCCUGGCCCCGCCCUUGCAGCUCCUGUCGGCUGCAGUGUGGCAAGUGGUACAGCGGGGACUCGUGGAUCACUAUGGGAUGCUGGAAGAGUUUGUUACCAUGGUGACGGAGCUGGUCCCAGAGCUGAUGAGCUACAGUCAGAGGGCUCAGCUCAUCCUGGGCCUCAGGGCCAGGUUGGUCCUGGAGCUCUGUCGGGGAGAUCACCCAGUGGACAUGCAGACCAUUCAGCCGCAUCUGGACAGAAUAAAAGCUCCUGUCAGCACAGCCAAGGAUCACCAUGUAACUAUAAACCAGGUGGAGGAGUCCGAGGUCAACUUUGUUGAGCUGGUGCACUCGCUACUCGAGGAUCCCUCUGAGAGAAAAUAUUUUUUCCAAGAAAUCUUCCCCGUGUAUUUCGGCCCAAAGUAUGACGCGGCCCUGGAGAUGCUGGUGUGGGAGUUUAUAUCAAGACUGGAUGAGCUAAUGCCUGUUCCAGACUUCACACAGUUGGCAGCCUUGCUGACAGACGCUCCGUCAUUUCUUGACGACUGUUUACGAUCAUUUUUCCCACCAGAGGACAUGAAGGGUUUACUUGACCACCACAGGAACCUUGGUCAUUUUGAAGAGAAGGAUCCAAGGCUAUUACCGAUGGAUGACUGCAUUCUCUCCUCCCUCUCACUGCCUCCCGGGACCAGGCCUGUUCUCCCCGCCACCUCUCAGUCUCCUGCUCCACCCAAACCCUCAACCCCUCCGGUACAUCUUGGCGCUCCUAUCAGCAACACCAACAGCUUGGAGAAGCCGAGCUCGAGGGUCUCUGACACGCUGAGACAGAAACUGAGGGAGGAACGGGAGUCUGGGGCUUGGCAGCUGCAGGUCAGGAACAUGAACCUUCCUCAGGAAUGGAAAGCGCAGGGCUCCUCGCGGCCGUGCAGCGAGACCAUUGACCUCACUAUUUCCAACGAGGGAGCAGACUCGGAGUCAGAGGCCAGCGAGAGCACCCACAGCUUACUGGGCUCUCAGGGCGGACGGAAGAGGAAGCUGAGUGGAGGGGCGGACGUUCCCAGGAAGCAAAAUGCAGAGGCUUCAGCCAUUCAAAACUCCUCGGUGGACGAUGAGAAUUCAGGUGAAUCUCCCCUGAUCUCCAUAUGGGGAGAAUAUACAGACUCUCAGGAACGUGCUUUCCCAGUCCUGAUGGACUCCAAGGUCCCCUGGUCAGAUGAAGAGACGCUCCAUCUGCUCGACAUCUGGGGGAAGGAUUCGGUGCAGCAGGCCUUGAAGGGCUGCUUAAAAAACCGCCACAUAUUCACUCAGAUCGCGCAGAAGAUGGCCGAGAGGGGCUACAUGAGAACCGUGGAGCAGUGCCAGACGAGGAUCAAGCGGCUGAAGAAGUGCUUCCGCCAGAGCCUCAAAGGGAACUCGAGGCCAGACCAUAAAUUUUAUUCAAAGCUUGAGCAGAUCAUUGGCUCUUCCUCCGGCUCGUCUCUUCCUGAGAUAACCUACGACGUCGAGGAGGUCAUGGACGACGACGAGACCCAAGACGGGGAGGAGGACUUGCAGUUCAUUGGACACACUGGCCAGCUGGAAAUCGGGACUCGAAGUGUGCCGUGGACAGACAUGGAGACUUUGGCCCUCAUCAACAUAUGGAGCGCCGACAAAAUGCAGCAGGAGCUGAGAGGGAACCGUACCGGACACAUUUUCUCCAUCAUAUCCAGCAAGAUGGCCACUUUGGGCUUUUCCCGCACGCCGGAGCAAUGCCAGACGAGGCUGAAGAGACUCAAAUCCAGCUUCAGGCAGUGCUACCAAAACAAUUUGAAAGGACACGAGCAAGUCCAGUGCAAGUUUUACAACGAGCUUGGAAGGAUUUUAGUGAAGGAUUUCCAGUCGGUGAUGCAUCUGGAGGACAUGUCCAUGAAGGAUGACGACAGCGACUUUCCUUCCUACAGUCACCAUAGCAUUGAGUCUGCCGUGGGAGUUCAGGAGGACCGGAAGAAGGUGCCGUGGUCCGACAAGGAGACCAUCAUCCUCCUGGAGGUUUGGGGUGACCCACAGAUGCAGCACGGCCUGAGGCGCUACCCGCACAACGGGCACAUCUUUACGGAGGUGUCGGAGAAGCUCAAUGCCAACGGUUACUCCCGCACCCCGGAGCAGUGCCACACCAGGAUCAAGCGGCUGAAAACCGCCUAUCGCCAGUGUAAAGAAAACAUGAGCUCGUCUGGAACGGACCGAGUCGACUUCAAAUUCUACGAUCUGCUGGAACAGAUUCUGGAAAAGCAGCCGUCAACAUCGUCCGCCAUCGUCACAGACUCUAUUGAAAUAUCCGAAGACUCCAAUGGAGAUUCGGGAACAGAGAGAGAUGGAGAGACCCAGGGGGUAUCGGCAGAAAAACCAGCAUCCACCAUAUGGUCGGACGAGGAGACCCAGGCUCUUAUCGAGAUCUGGGGUGACGAGGAAGUCCAGCGGGCUCUGAGGGGCUUCAUCCACAACGGGCAUAUUUAUGCCGAUAUCUCAGAGAGGAUGCACGACCUCGGCUUCUCCAGGACCUCAGAGCAGUGCCGCUCCAAAGUAAAGUCGCUGAGGAUCAACUUCCGCCAGUGCUACGACAGGAAGAAGAGUGGACGAAACAUAGAUUACAAGUUUUACCACCAGCUGGAGCAAAUCCUGGGACAGGAGGCCAUAACCAUCGAUGAGUAUGACGAGCGGGACGAACAAGCCGGGGUUGAGCCAGGGGUUGCAGACGAGCAGGUGAACGCGCCGUGGUCGGAGGAGGAGACGAUCGCCCUCGUCGAGGUGUGGGCCGCCGACGACGUGCAGCACAGCCUGAAGACCUCCAUGCGUAACGGCCACGUCUACGCAGACAUAUCCGAGAAGCUGGCCUCCCUCGGCUACCUGAGGACGGCGGAGCAGUGCCAGCUUAGGAUCAAACGGCUGAAGAAGACCUACAGGCGAUACUGCAACAGCCGGAGAAAUGGAGGGCGGCCGGCAGUGUUUCGAUACUACAACCUUCUCGCCCCGGUGCUCGGCAAUGAUUUAGCAUUUGCAGAUGUAGACGGUCCUGCAGCCGAUACCACCGUAGAGCCCCUAAUGGACCACGAUUCUGCAAUGUACGAGCAGCCCUCGACCAGCCACCUCCUGACAGACAUGAGCAGAAAGACGCCCUGGUCGGACCUGGAGACCCGCACCCUCCUGGAGAUCUGGGGCGAGGACAGCGUCCAGCUCACCCUGAGGGGCUGUCUGAAGAACCGACAUGUGUUCGAGUACAUCUCGGAGAAGCUGAGCAACCACGGCUUCAUAAGGACCACCGAGCAGUGCUACACCCGCAUGAAGCGGCUUAAAUACAGCUUUGUGCAUGAAAAGGGAGAAUUCAAAUUCUUCAAUGAGAUGGACAAGAUCUUCAGGAAGGACCUGAACGUGGACGACUCUGUUGUCAACCCGUUCAUUUUAGAUGACGCGGAUGACUUUGCUCCUGAAGUGCACCAAAUGAAAGUCUCAGCUAACCACUGGCUGGCUGACAGCUCCAAGAUGGCCUGGGGGGACGGAGAGACUGAGGCCCUGCUGGAAAUCUGGGGCAGCGCCGAGAUCCAGGAGAACCUGAAGGGCGGCAACAAGAACAAAAGCAUCUACAAGCAGAUCUCUCAGGUCAUGGCCAGCCAGGGCUACCUGCGCUCUCCUGAACAGUGUCAGUCCAGGGUGAAGAGGCUGAGGGCCAACUUCAGACAGUUCCUGGAGGGGCGACAAGGCGACAAACAGGAGUGCAAGUUCUUUGAGCAGUUGGUGCAGAUAUUCGGCACCAAAUAUGUGAUGAACUCUGAUUCGCUGACUGAUGAUACACCAGAAGUCAUAGAGUCCUGAAACCCGCCUCUUAACGGCGAUGACGCAGCAGCUGGAGAUGAACCCGGAUGAACCGAGACAGUAAAGCUGAAAUAUUUACCGCCACCACAGGAAAGCUCUCUGUACAUACUUUAAAUACUUCGACAUUCUUUAGAGAUACAGACCUUGUUCAGGCUGGAAUCGCCUGUGUGUGUGUGUGUGUGUGCGUGCGCGUGCGUGUGUAUGUGUGUCCCUCCUCUUGAGUGUUUUGUGAUAAAUAAAAACCAGAGCCAUGACACUAGGCGCUCAGGACUCGAGGGAAGCCGGACCCAGCGCUCAUCCGCGAGAACAUGUUUUUGUAGUGAUUAAUUUUUACUUGAAACUAAAGAGACUGAUAUGAAGCACAUGUGAGUAAAAGAAUACCAACAACAACAACAAAAAAAAAACACAAAGCAGCCCUUACUGUUGCCACAAACUUGCUUUUUCAUCUCAACUCCCGUCUCACCCUGUUACAUUCCCCGGCACAUGUUUAUACGGUUUGAAAUCCACGUGUUUAAAAUGAAGAAAAAAGAAAGAAAAAAACAUUCAAGUCUCUUGUUCUGUACUCAGUGUGAGUUAAUUUUGUCCAGAAUUUUAUUUAUUUAACUUAUAUAUGUAUUUUAUAGUUUUACAGUUUGUGUCGCCAAACCUUAUUGCAGUACAUUUGUGCCACAAAAUGUGUCAAAACGUUUUUUUCAUAUUCAUUAAAAAGAAACAUGAAUUGCC